AUGUCUGCAUUUGAAGACGAUACGUUGGAAUCACAAGUUGUGGUGGACCAAGUACAUUCUGCUUUCAGUGCAGACAGUUCUAAAUCUACACAUCCCAUGAGUCAUGAUGUAACUACUUCUCGUGAAAUUCACAGCAUAUUUGACACAAUUAAUUAUGCUAAAGCUGCUAGCGUAUUGAGAAUGGUCGAAAAAGUAUUUGGAACUGAAAUAUUCAAUGAUGCAUUAAGUGACUAUCUUAAACAAAAAAGUUACAGCGUUGCCGAGCCAAAAGAUUUGUACGCCUCAUUUCAACUAAAACUAGAUGAGAAAGGACUAAAAGACGAUAUCACAGUCAUCUUACAAUUAGACACGUGGACAACUCAACCCGGUUAUCCUGUCGUUAAUGUCGAUGUUAAAAAAUGUCCUAUAAUUUUGGUACAAAAACGUUUCUUCCUUAAAGAACAUGACAAUAACUCUGAUAAAACUCUGUGGCACAUCCCAAUUACAUGGGCAUCAGUGCAGAAUAGUUCAGAUUACUCUGAUACCACUACAAAAUUAUGGUUAACAAAGAACAUGGAAAAAAUAGAAAAGUCAUCAGACUCACUUUUACUAUUCAACACCCAACAAUCAGGUUACUAUCGCGUUAAUUAUAACAAAAAGCAUUGGAUGGAGUUGAUUGAUUAUCUUAACAACCAAGAUUUUCAAACAAUUCACGAAAUUAAUCGCGCAGCAUUAAUUGAUGAUCUUAUGAAUCUUGCAAGAGCAGAUUACAUCGAUUACAAAACUGUUAUAUCUGCUACAAUGUAUUUGAAGAAAGAAAAUAAUUAUUUCCCUUGGCGUGCAUUCUUCAAUAAUCUGCCUUACUUGAACAACCGUUUUGUAGGACGUGAAAUUGAACACUUAUAUAAAGUAUGUACGUUACACUUGUAUAAAUAUGAGUGUGUGU